AGACGCCGUGAGUCAGGGGCAGAGCAGGGCGGUCUGGGUGUGCGGGCGACGCGGGACUCACUCGUCCGCUCCCCUCUGGACGGCUCGCCACGCUCUGGGGUCCGACGCCCUGGCUCCUGCUUCUGCCGCUGCCGCCGCCGGAUCCCAGUGGCCCGGCGUGCCCGGCUCCCACAGGCCUGCAGCCAGCAUCGCACGGAACCUUCGGGGGGCCGCGGCUGGAGCGCUCGGCCGGCGUGGGAGCGCCAAGGCCGCAGGUAACCCACGGUUGGGGGUCUCCGGCGUGUCUUCUGGGUCGCGUCCCGCCUGGGUGCCCCGGGGAUUCCCAUGCAGAAAUGGAGGGUGCCCCCAGCAGAGGGGAAAACUCUGGCGUGGGAAGAGGUGGGGGCGUGCCCACAGCUGCGCUCGCGGGUCGCCGGCUACACCAGGCAAAGCUGGAAAGCACCUUGCGCAAGGGUCUCACGGGGUGCAUACUCGCGACUCCUCCCCCUUCCUCCUGCUUCCCGUAUCCGCAGCGCCAGGGCAGUGCUGGUCUGGGCAGUGCGCGGGGAAGCGGGGACCCGCCGUCACUGCGCCUCCCGCCGCCGACGCCGCCUGGACGGCCGCACUCUCCCUGCCCGAGACCCGACUCUCCAGAAAGAGCAACAGUAAUGGAGUACAUGAGCACUGGAAGUGACAAUAAAGAAGAGAUUGAUUUAUUAAUUAAACAUUUAAAUGUGUCUGAUGUAAUAGACAUUAUGGAAAAUCUUUAUGCAAGUGAAGAGCCAGCAGUUUACGAACCCAGUCUAAUGACCAUGUGUCAAGACAGCAAUCAAAACGAUGAGCGUUCUAAGUCUCUGCUGCUUAGUGGCCAAGAGGUACCAUGGUUGUCAUCAGUCAGAUAUGGAACCGUGGAGGAUUUGCUUGCUUUUGCAAACCAUAUAUCCAACACUGCAAAGCAUUUUUAUGGACAGCGACCACAAGAAUCUGGAAUUUUAUUAAACAUGGUCAUCACUCCCCAAAAUGGACGUUACCAAAUAGAUUCCGAUGUUCUCCUGAUCCCUUGGAAGCUGACUUAUAGGAAUAUUGGUUCUGAUUUUAUUCCUCGGGGAGCCUUUGGAAAGGUAUACUUGGCCCAAGAUAUAAAGACAAAGAAAAGAAUGGCGUGUAAACUGAUCCCAGUAGAUCAAUUUAAGCCAUCUGAUGUGGAAAUCCAGGCUUGCUUCCGGCACGAGAACAUCGCAGAGCUGUAUGGCGCAGUCCUGUGGGGUGAAACCGUCCAUCUGUUUAUGGAAGCAGGCGAGGGAGGGUCUGUUCUGGAGAAACUGGAGAGCUGUGGACCAAUGAGAGAAUUUGAAAUUAUUUGGGUGACAAAGCAUGUUCUCAAGGGACUUGAUUUUCUACACUCAAAGAAAGUGAUCCAUCAUGAUAUUAAACCUAGCAACAUUGUUUUCAUGUCCACAAAAGCUGUUUUGGUGGAUUUUGGCCUAAGUGUUCAAAUGACCGAAGAUGUCUAUUUUCCUAAGGACCUCCGAGGAACAGAGAUUUACAUGAGCCCAGAGGUCAUCCUAUGCAGGGGCCAUUCAACCAAGGCAGACAUCUACAGCCUGGGCGCCACGCUCAUCCACAUGCAGACGGGCACCCCGCCCUGGGUGAAGCGCUACCCUCGCUCAGCCUAUCCCUCCUACCUGUACAUAAUCCACAAGCAAGCGCCUCCACUGGAAGACAUUGCAGAUGACUGCAGUCCGGGGAUGAGAGAGCUGAUAGAAGCUGCCCUGGAGAGAAACCCCAAUCACCGCCCAAGAGCCGCAGACCUACUAAAACACGAGGCCCUGAACCCGCCCAGAGAGGAUCAGCCACGCUGUCAGAGUCUGGACUCUGCCCUCUUUGAGCGCAAGAGGCUGCUGAGUAGGAAGGAGCUGGAACUUCCUGAGAACAUUGCUGAUUCUUCAUGCACAGGAAGCACCGAGGAAUCUGAGAUGCUCAAGAGACAACGCUCUCUCUACAUAGACCUCGGCGCUCUGGCUGGCUACUUCAAUCUUGUUCGGGGACCACCAACGCUUGAAUAUGGCUGAAGGAUGACAUGUUUGCUCUAAAUUAAGACAGCAUUGAUCUCCUGGAGGCUGGUUCUGCUGCCUCUACACAGGGGCCCUGUACAGUGACUGGUGCCAUUUUCGAAGGAGCAGUGUGACCUCCCGUGACCCACGAAUGUGCCUCCAAGUGGCCCUGUGUGUUUGACUCGUGAAGCUAUUUGAUAUGCACCAGGUCUCAAGGUUCUCAUUUCUCAGGUGAUGUGAUUCUAAGGAAGGAAUUUGAGAGUUCACAGAAGGAUCGUGUCUGCUGACUAUUUCAUUCACUGUGCACUUUGCUCAAAAUUUUAAAAAUACCAAUCACAAGGAUAAUAGAGUAGCCUAAAAUUACUAUUCUUGGUUCUUAUUUAAGUAUGGAAUAUUCAUUUUACUCCGAAUAGCUGUUUUGUGUAUAUUGGUGUAUAUUAUAUAACUCUUUGAGCCUUUAUUGGUAAAUUCUGGUAUACAUUGAAUACAUUAUAAUUUGGGUGAAUAGAACAACUUGAAUAUUGUAGCAAUAAGCUGGACUAGUGUCUUAAAAAUGGCUAACUGAUGAAUUAGAAGCCAUCUGACAGCAGGCCACUAGUGACAGUUUCUUUUGUGUUCCUAUGGAAACAUUUUAUACUGUACAUGCUAUGCUGAAGACAUUCAAAACAUGAUGUUUUGAAUGUGGAUAAAACUGUGUAAACCACAUAAUUUUUGUACAUCCCAAAGGAUGAGAAUGUGACCUUUAAGAAAAAUGAAAACUUUUGUAAAUUAUUGAUGAUUUUGUAAUUCUUAUGGCUAAAUUUUCUUUUAAGCAUUUGUAUAUUAAAAUAGCAUACUGUGUAUGUUUUAUAUCAAAUGCCUUCAUGAAUCUUUCAUAUAUAUAUAUAUUUGUAACAUUGUAAAGUAUGUGAGUAGUCUUAUGUAAAGUAUGUUUUUACAUUAUGCAAAUAAAACCCAACACUUUUGUCCAAUGUGAUUGGUCAAAUCAACUGAAUAAAUUCAGUAUUUUGCCUUA